UUUAAAUACACCUCUUACACACGCAGAUCUUCAUAAACGCCUCAAAAAGCCAUGAAGGUCGUAGUGAUACUUGUUGCCGUGGUGACGCUUGCAGUUGGGGACGCGUUUGUUUGCAAGGAGGGAGAAAGUUACAAGGAAAACAAUUGCAACAACUGCGGGUGUUUCAACGGGAACUUAGGAUGUACCAUGCGCCUAUGUGAAUCCGGCCUCACCAAACAGAUGCUUAAGUGUAAAGUGGGAACGAUGUCUACUAACGCCUGUAACAGUUGCUGGUGCGUCGAAAAUUUGGGCACCAUUUGCACCAAUAAUAAGUGCUAAUUCAAUUUUGUAAUAACCCCCACCUUGGACCUUGACAAGUUUUUCUUCGUAAAAUUAUUUAUUAAAGCAAGCAGGUACAUUAUUAGAAAUAGGUUGUUCGUCUGUCCCUCCGUCCGUCUGUGUGCACGAGUUGUGAGGUCACGAUAACCCUCAAGCUGAAGGUCUUAGGGUUAGAUCUUCUUGGUCCAAGUAAGAAACGUAUUGACUAUGGAGUUAAAAUGCAAAAGGUAACCAAAGUCAUCAAUUUUACAGUUACAAAGACACGCGUUCACCUAAAAGUAAACAGAGAUUUGGGUUACGGGGCAAAAGGCUGAUUACAUUGAUUUACGCGGAAAAAAUUCUAGUGCAUACCGCGAAAUUAGACAAAGAUUUUUGUGAAAAGGCGCACGUUUUAAUCGCAUAAAUUAAACGACCAAGGACAAACUAAUUAAGCGCACCAGUAUAUUUUCUUUGCAAUAAAGGGAUAUUGUAGAAAAAUCAGUGUAGUCAUUUCACUGCUAUUGAAAGCAAAAAUGACAUGACCGGUGAGUUCGCACUCGUAAUGCCAACAGUCUUCUAGUUAUCUGUAUCCAAAAAAUAUUCAUAAAUAAAUAAUAUGUAAAAUUCGGAUUCCGUGAAAAUAUCUCCUUUUGUUGGUGACACAGGUUCAUAAUAAUUUACAAAACCGAUCAUUAAAAAAAACCACGCCUAACGAACAAUUUAUUGAUUUGCGUAAGAAUGUAAUGCAGGGUCAGUUCCAGGCCGCAAGGUUCAAUCUACAGCUCUGUUCUUUGAUUCUCCCGAAAUGUUGUUUCCCUUUUUGAGUGUAAUUAAGUAGAUGCCUAAGUGAUAACGACUCUUAGCGGCAUUUAUCUCUCUAUACAACUUUAAUCGAAGGUUACCGUACCCAGGACCUUCAGAUACCUUCUGGACUGGAGAAGA